CACCCUCCUCUCCCCCCUUCCUUUCUUCCCCAUUCCUCUCCUGCAACCAGAAAGGAAGGAAAAAAGAAGAGGAGAAACGAAAAUAUUCAAAUUCCCCUCCCCCUCCAAAAAAAAAAGUAAGAAAAGUGCAUUAUUUUUUCUUGGUGAACGGAUGAUCAUAUAGAACUAAAAUCAAUCAAUGGAUCGCCUCCACAGCCGCGCAUUUGCGCCGUUCCCGCCAUUCCCACCCUUCCAGCCGAUCAACUUAUCCAAGACAUUCGACCUCCGGCGGAAAGUGCCAUGGUGGGAUCACAUCCUCGACCCAGGAAGCGAUCUCGUCAACCGAUGGAACCACAUCUUCCUCGUCUCCUGCAUCAUCGCCCUCUUCGUCGACCCAAUGUACUUCUACCUCCCCAUGGUCGGCGGCCAGGCCUGCUUCACCAUGGACGUCCCUCUCGGCAUCUGGGUCACUCUCGCCCGCACCAUCACCGACCUCUUCUUCAUCCUGCACGUCUUCAUGAAGUUCCGCACCGCCUUCGUCGCCCCCAGCUCUAGGGUUUUCGGCAGGGGAGAGCUCGUCAUGGAUCCCAGAGAAAUCGCGAUUCGGUACUUGAGGUCUUGGUCCUUCAUCAUCGACGUCACUGCCGCGCUCCCUCUCCCUCAGCUUGUGAUUUGGUUCAUUAUUCCAGCGGUGAAGAACACAUCCGCUAGCCAUGCUAACCACACAGUCUCGUUGAUCGUCCUGAUUCAAUACAUUCCGCGAAUUAUCAUUAUGUUUCCUCUGAAUAGAAGGAUUGUGAAGAGCACUGGAGUUGUAGCCAAGACUGCUUGGUCAGGGGCUGUUUAUAAUCUGCUCCUCUAUGUUCUUGCUAGUCAUGUUCUAGGAGCAAUAUGGUACCUGGCGUCAAUCCAGCGACAACGAACUUGCUGGGAGAGGCAAUGUAUUCUGGAGAGGAAUGUAACACAUUCCCCUUCCUGUAAACUCGAGUAUCUCGACUGCGCAACCCAGCAGGAUCGUGAACGGCAGGCUUGGAUGAGAAUCACCCAUCUCAUCGCCAAUUGUGAUGCUUUUGAUGACAAGAAUGUCCAGUUUGGCAUGUUUAAAGAUGCCUUCACCCAUCAUGUUGCUGAGGCUAAUAUCGUUCAGAAGUACUUCUACUGCCUUUGGUUUGGACUCAGAAACUUGAGUUCAUAUGGACAAAGUUUGGCAACAAGCACUUAUGAAGGCGAAACGAUGUUCAGCAUUAGCGUAUGCAUCGUGGGUCUCGUGCUGUUUGCGCAUCUCAUUGGAAACAUGCAGACGUAUAUGCAAUCCACAACGGCGAGGCUGGAGGAAUGGAGGAUAAGGAGAAGGGAUACAGAGGAAUGGAUGAGGCAUCGCCAGCUACCUCCAGAUCUACAAGAGAGAAUUCGUCGAUUUGUGCAGUAUAAAUGGUUAGCAACGCGUGGUGUGGAUGAAGAAUCCAUCUUGAAAGCCCUCCCACUAGAUAUCAGACGUCGGAUUCAACGGCAUCUUUGCCUGGCUCUUGUUAGACGUGUCCCUUUCUUCGCACAAAUGGACGACCAGCUCCUCGACGCCAUCUGCGAACGCCUGGUUUCCUCCCUAAACACCAAGGACACCUACAUAGUACGAGAAGGUGACCCUGUCAACGAACUGCUCUUCAUCAUCAGGGGACAGUUAGAGAGCAGCACUACCAACGGUGGCAGGACGGGGUUCUACAACUCCAUCAAUCUCCGAGCUGGUGAUUUCUGCGGCGAAGAGCUUCUUACGUGGGCUAUAAACCCAUCAUCCUGCAUGAACUUGCCCCUGUCGACACGUACAGUGAGAUGCUUGAGCGAGGUCGAGGCAUUUGCACUCCGAGCCACCGACCUCAAAUUCGUCGCCAAGCAGUUCAAACGACUGCACAGCAAGACGCUGCAGCACGCGUUUCGGUACUACUCUCAUCAAUGGCGGACUUGGGGGGCCUGCUUCAUACAGGCGGCGUGGAAGAGGUUCAAAAGGAGGAAGCUGGCGAUGGAGCUGGCGAAGCAAGAGAGCUUGUAUUACUCGCAGUACUCGGACGGGGAAGGGUACUACAGCGACGAAGGAGGGAGCGGGAGUGGGAGUGGAAGUGGAAGGUCGUCGUCGGACGACGGAGGGGAGAAGGCUCAGCAUCUUGGGGCUACAUUGCUUGCUUCCAAGUUUGCAGCGAACACGAGAAAGGGAGUUAGCAGUCAUCCUAAGUUGCCUGGUGAUGACGUUUUGAAGAUGCCCAAGUUGUUCAAGCCUCAAGAGCCUGAUUUUAAUGCAUAAAGAUAUCUAGGCUUGUGAGGUUUGUAUUUAACAAGAAGGGGUAUUUGUAACAUCGGUGGAGACAUGUUUUGGUUAUAGGAUGAUGAUCGCCAUAGCUAGAGUUAGGAGGGAUAGUGCUGAGAGUAGAUAUGUGUUUAGUGUAGAAAGUGGUGUAUAUUAUGUGCAUAUUAUGUGGUUAAUACAAAAUAUU